CUAUGGAAGGGAUGGGCGGCCUGGUGGGCCGCGCAUGCGCACUCCAACGCCCGGGGGGGGACCGCCCCUGUAGCAGCAUGGAACCCGCCUUCCGCCCCCACCCCUGAGCCCAGACCCUUUUGUAGAUUCUGCUGAAUGCAUGUAACAUUGAAUAAUGUAAUAAUGAAAGGCUAAGACUCGCUCUGGAAGCUGAGAGGAUUCUUUGGCUGACAGGAUCCAAGAACGUGUGGGGAGAACCAAGCUUAGAUAUUGUGACUAUAGUCUUUGGCAGCUUUACGUUUACAACCCUAACUUCUGCCGUAAGAGAAAGCAGCCUGCAGAAAUGUGUCAGUUUUUGAGGAGUAAUUUGACAUUGUACUGGUCACUUUCAAAUAACUCACUGGAUUUUUAAAUGGAUGUAAGCAAUUUAUUGUUCAGUUCUGUGAUAUAACCUUACGCAAGACUGAUUUUAUUUUCGCUCAAAAGACCAACAACAUAACAGUUCUAGCAUUUUGUUGAUGGCUUAAAUAAAAAGAUCACAAUUACAUUUCCCUUUUGUGUCCCAUUUUUGAUGUGCUGCACUUUGGGCAGCCUUAAGUGAAAGAGAACAGUGUUUUUUGCUUUAUCCUAAGUGCACACAGAUGGUACAAAGGAAGCUUCAACAAAACCUCCAUAGUCCUGAAAAGCCUUCAGGGAAAGGAUGAAAGAGUGGUGGAUUCAGGUGGGGCUGCUGAGUGUACCCCUCCUUGCUGUCUACCUGCACAUCCCUCCGCCUAAGCUGUCCCCAGCCCUUCACUCAUGGAGGGCGUCAGGAAGGUUCUUCACAUACAAGACCCAAAACAUCUUUUACAGAGAUUCAUCAGGUGCACUCGGCAGUUCCGAUAUUGUGGUUCUGUUACACGGCUUCCCAACCUCCAGCUAUGAUUGGUACAAGAUUUGGGAAGGGCUGACCCAGCGAUUUCAAAGGGUGAUCGCUCUGGAUUUUGUAGGAUUCGGUUUUAGUGACAAGCCUAGGCCCCAUCGCUAUUCCAUUUUUGAGCAGGCCAACAUCGUCGAGGGGCUGCUGGGGCACCUGGGUCUCCGAAAUCAGAGGAUCAACCUCCUGUCUCAUGACUAUGGAGACACAGUUGCACAGGAACUGCUCCACAGGUAUGAACACAAUAAAACUGGAUGUGUUCUGAUCAACAGCCUCUGUUUAUCCAAUGGAGGUAUUUUCCCAGAAACUCAUUACCCCCGGUUCAUUCAGAAGAUUCUCAAGGAUGGUGGCCCGCUGUCCCCCAUCAUCACCCGGCUAAUGAACUACUACUUCUUCUCAAGAGGACUUGGAGCAGUCUUUGGUCCGUAUACGCAGCCUUCAGCGGCGGAAUACUGGGACAUGUGGACAGCAAUCCGGACAAAUGAUGGAAACCUUGUUGUUGACAGUAUUUUACAGUAUAUAAAUCAAAGAAAGAAGCACAGAGACCGUUGGGUUGGGGCUCUGACAUCCACCUCUGUUCCAUUGCAUCUAAUCUAUGGGCCCUUGGAUCCCGUGAAUCCAUAUCCCGAGUUUCUUCAGCUCUACAGGAAACUGCUUCCUAUGUCUACAGUCUCUGUUCUGGAUGACCACAUUAGCCACUAUCCACAGCUUGAAGAUCCUAUGGGCUUCCUGAAUGCAUAUUUGAACUUCAUCAACUCCUUCUGAGCAGCAACGUGGUCUUUCCCUCUCAUGCUUUGGCUCAGUGUUGUUUACUUUAUGAGCCAGCGUGCUUUUAUUUCCAGACCUGACCCUUAACUUUCCUGUUCUGUGCAGAGUGACCUUUGGGUAUGUUAGACUACUGUAUAUGUGUAAGGAACUGAACCUUUGAACACUGGGAAGGAUUAACCUAAAGGGAGGCGUGAAAGACAACGUGCACAUCCAAGGGAAGUUACAGGAUACGGAUAGUAGUUGCUAGGCCAGAGGGCACAGUUGGGAACUAGUGGUGGGGAGGAGGGAUGGCAUUGCUAAUCAUACUAUUCCAAGACUCCUUUCCUGUCCUUGGGCCAGAAGAAGCCCAGCGUAUCCCAGGAAGCCAGUACCCCAUUUGCAACCACAUGCCAAUUAGUUUGUUUCCAGAACAGUAAGCGGCACAGUAGAUCCUUCUCUUCUCUGAAAGUGCAUUUAACUGAGCUACUCUAUAGACAAGCUUUAAAAUGGGAAAAUACCUACAUUAUAAAGAUGUGAACUAAUAAUUAGUUGGCAGGCCUUGUUACCUAAUUCUUCCUUUGAAGGGCUUGUCUACACAUUGACUAUACUGCUCUAGUUAGGGCAGCAAAAUCCCCUUCUUGUGAAUAGUUAUACUGUGGUGUGAGUGCUCAUCUUGGUAGAACUGUCUACAGAAGGGCUUUUACUAGCACAGCAUCUCCCCUGACUAACCCCGUUGUGCCAGUAAAAUGUAAGUGUGGAACAGUCCUAAAAGGCAAGUUUCCUUAACCACCUAACCUCUGUUAUUAGUACUCCACUCCAUAAUGCAAUAACAAGGUGCAAAUUAAAAUGCAUUGUAGCCUCACCAGUGUGUCUUGGAAGAGAUGUGCUCUACUGUAGCAUAAAGUCAAGAGGGCUCUUUACUUGAAGUGUUAUUUUCAGAUAAAUUGUGUAGUAUACACAUAGGAUUGUUAAGCUAAGACUGAUUGCCAAUAUUAAAGCAAUAACUACCUAAAACCACAGGGAAUUAUAAAAGAUAUUAAAAACAAGUUUAAAAAAACCUGAAGUACUGGCUAUGCUGCAUACAGAGACUUUAUGCGACCUCAUACUCCGGAAAGUCGUAUCUUUCCUAAAGAGUUGCAAGUCCUCCCCUUAAAAGGGACCGUAUUUAACUCAAUUUUAGGCUGAAGGUUCAGAACUGAAGUCAUGUCAUACUUCUAAACUUUAGGUGUUUGGUCCAACAUCGAGGUUGUAUGGCUUUCACACAGCACCAGAGGCAGAAAGAUUACAAAAUUGAUUGUAAAGCCAAGUUGGCAGGGGGACUGAGAACCACUGCUUUUUGCAACUGACCAGAUUUCUAGUUUCUAGCAUCCCAUCAAGAGGAAAGGUUUCCAAGAUGGGCUGCUUGUGCUGUACUGAACUGAGAUUUAUCAGUGGUCAACCCAGCUGGCAGAGUUAUUCUCCCGAGUGAUCAACAAUACUAUACUAGCAGUUGCUAUGGCAAAACUUUUAAAGAUUCUAUUUUAUUAGCAACAAUUCAACUAAAAUUCCACAACUUGGAACUGGAAUGAUCAAUGUUUAUUUUCUGUUAAUAAAAAUCCGUUUUGACAAAA